UUCAACUCCAUUCCCAUUAUGGGAGUUAAUGCAGUAUAAUUUAUUGCAAAGAAAAUAAGGUUAAACAUGAAGAUAAUGUGAAUUUGUAUUAAUUUACACUAUCUUGAGUUUUUAAAAGAUGUCUUUUCCUUCUGUCUCUUUCUCUGCAAGCAGAAGGUACCAAGGGCAUUUCAUCUGUCUAGAUUUUUUCUAACAUUUUUGCAGCCAAAGCUUGCUAUUUGACUAGGAAAACAAGGAGUAUGAUACAUAGGAAAGUUCCUCUCUUCUACUCCAGAGAUUAAUGGGUCAACUUCACUGAUUUAUCCCCCUCUCAUAUUUAUCAAUGCUAAGCAUUCCUGAUUAGCACACAAUGUUUGAUCAGGUUGCUCCUAAUAAUCACUCUCUCGUGUACAUUAAAUGCUUUUUUUUGCUGAACAUUUGUUUUCAGGCAUCAUGUUCCUAAACACACAAUCACUUGUCUAUGUAAGUGUAAACCCAUGAUCCAUAUGCCAUAGAAUGCCCAAGCUUUAAGAAAGUUAAAAUAAAACAUCUAGGCAUGAGUUUAAUAAUUUUUCAUUUACUAAUUGCAGGUCCAAGGAUAUUCAGUAAUUGUUAAAAGGAAUGAACGAACCUAAAAUACUACCAUUUCCCAAUCCGCAAGAAGGAACAUUUGUGAAGAAACAUUUGUGUAUGUGCAAUUCAAAUGACCAUAAAGUUCAGAAAGGUCCUAUAUGAUCUGAAACAUUAAUUUUCUCAUUUAUCCUGUGCAUGGCAUCUUACAAAUAGCUUCUAUUCCAUUUCCAAACAGUUUAAACAUUUUAUACCAAAAAAGUAAACCUCUUUCCAAAUCCUUAAAAUGCUUGCUGUAACCUCUUUGGAAAUCUCAACAAUUUAACCAUUUUGGCACUGAAAGUCAAAGCGUGAAUACUGAUGUGAUUUUUCCAGCAGAGAUCCUAACCAUGGAAUCUUACACAGGAGCAGUAUCAGCAUUUAUUUGUAACAGCACAUCUUUUGAAUUAAAUGGAUCACAUUUAUGUAAUGAAAGCAUGUCUUCUAUCUUGGCUGAUAAAUCAGAAGAACACCAACAAUACAUUAUUGGACUUUUCUUAUCAUGCCUUUACACUAUUUUCCUUUUCCCUAUUGGCUUUGUGGGAAACAUUCUGAUUUUAGUUGUGAACAUAAGUUUUCGGGAAAAGAUGACUAUUCCUGACCUGUACUUCAUAAAUCUUGCAGUAGCUGAUUUGAUUUUAGUUGCUGACUCCCUCAUUGAGGUUUUUAAUCUUGACGAAAAGUAUUACGAUAUCACUAUAAUUUGCACUUUCAUGUCUCUGUUCCUUCAGAUCAACAUGUAUAGCAGCAUUUUCUUUUUGACAUGGAUGAGUUUUGACAGAUAUAUAGCACUUGCAAAAGUAAUGAGGUCCAACAUAUUUCGGACUAUGCAGCAUGCUAGAUUAAGCUGUGGCCUCAUAUGGAUGGCAUCUAUCUCUGCAGCACUAGUGCCAUUUACAGCUGUACAUUUGCAGCACACUGGAGGGGUCUACUUUUGUUUUGCAGAUGUAGAAGAAAUCCAGUGGUUAGAAAUAACCUUGGGGUUUAUAAUCCCCUUUGUGAUCAUCGGUCUUUGUUACUCAUUAAUUGUUCGAGUUCUUGUAAAAGCACACAAACACAGAAGUCUUCGACUACGGCGCCAAAAGGCUCUUCGAAUGAUUUUUGUAGUCGUCCUGGUUUUCUUUAUCUGCUGGCUACCUGAAAAUGUCUUCAUUAGCGUUCAGCUUCUUCAAGAGAAAGGAAAGACACUCUCUUCAGGCAACCAAUCUUUUCGGCAUGAUUAUCCCCUCACAGGACAUAUUGUAAACCUAGCAGCCUUUUCUAACAGUUGUUUGAAUCCUCUGAUUUACAGUUUUCUAGGUGAAACUUUUAGAGACAAAUUACGGUUGUAUGUUGAACAGAAAACUAAAAUGUCAACAUUCAGUCGUUUUUGUCAUGCUGCCCUAAAGUCAGUCAUCCCUGACAGCAAUGAGCAAUCAGAAGUUUAAUUUAGUAGUGCUGUAUAAAAACAUAACUGAAAAUUGCACAAAUAUAGAACAAAACUCUUGCUACUAACAGUAAAAUAUAUGUAUAUAUAAUGCCCUGCUGAGUACUGAAGGUUUAUGCUCUAAAUAUUUUUAUGACAAGACUUUAAGGUGGAAGAAUACAUUUUAGUCAGAUUUAUAUUUAAUUAUCAAUAGGAUUACUAAAAGCUGACUAAUAAGGGGGCUUUAGUUUGCAUUAUACAUGUAUGAAUGAUAAUUUAUCAGAAAACGUUAUCAGACUAGGAAGAAUCGAGAUAACUCAAUUAUCAGAGAAUAGCUAUUUUGCUGUCAUAUGCUAGGUUUUCCCAUUUAAAUAAUGAAGCUGCCACAACAGUGGGAAAACUCAUUACAACAGAUGUGGAGGUGCAGAAAAAAAGUCAUUGAUUUUCCAUCCAAAUAUAGCCAUUUGACAACUUUGCUAAGAACUACUGUGCUGUACACAGUGCUGGAUAUAUGUUUUCUGUUCUAACAUACAUUUCAGGCAUUGAUUUUUUUUGUUUCUCUUAAUAUAAUAUAGAGCUAGAAUGAAGAUUUUUUUUCCCUACUUUGUAAUGUUCACAUCAACACUUCAUCAAAUCUGAAGUCACGCACAGUAUCCUGCUCACCUAUAUUACCUUAUCUCAGAGAAUCCAUCAAAACAAAAUUUACUGCUUCAUUUUAUUUUUGAAUAUUGUCCAUAGGAAAAGGAGUCUUUUGUCACAAGCACAAACUACAGAUUAAAGUGUCAUAAUUAAUGAAACUACUGCUAUCUUCAUUUAAUGUGUGUAUGUAUGUAUGUAUGUAUGUAGCGACCUACGUAAAUGUGUUUGUGUGUGUAUGUAUGUAGGUAGGUAUACAAAUACACACACACACACACACACACACACUUAAAUCAGUCACCACAUUUAAAUUUUAAUAUUGUAACAAUAUCUGUCUUGGUUGUAAGAAUGGAAUAUUGUUCUUUUUUCUUUUAAUUGCCUUCUGCAAAAAAUGACAGUGUAAGAAACUCAUUAAAAUGUUGGAAGCCUCA